CCCCGUCAUCUGGAGUCGAAAAAAUGGUGGCCAGCGCGCGAGUGCAGAAGCUGCUCCGACGGUAUAAACUAGCGAUUGCCGCCGCUUUAACUAUCCUCCUGGUCCAAGGGCUUGUGGUAUGGAGUCUGAGGAGUCUGGAAGAAGGCGAGGCAGAGAGAAAAAUCCGUCGGUCUAAGUUGCCUGACCACAACAGCCUGGACCCCAAGAAAGACAGCACACUUUGGGAGAAACAAAAGUCUUUGUCGGGGAAGAGCAGGGGCAGAUGGAGCGGCAGAUUGGAGAGGACGGGAGGGACGGCAGCCAGCGCGCUGAGGAGAGGGACCAGUCGCAAAGGAGACAAGCCCAGCAUCAGGCUCAAGUCCCACCAGGACCUUUCCAGCAGCCGCAACUUCAGCGAGAAACGAGGGGGCACUGACGAGGCGGCCAAGUUACCUUCCGCCGCCAUACUGGGGGAGCCGGGCAGCGUGGACGGGGGACACCAAGUCCCCAGCAGUGACUUUGUGCCUAAAUGUGAUAUCAUAGGCAAGGACGCGUUGUCUGCCCUUCAUCGCGCCGGGUCACAGCAGUGUCGACAGGAAAUCGCCAACAUCGUGUGUCAGCAUCAGGCUGGGCAGCUCAUGCCAGAUGCACUCCCUCAGUUCUGCCCACAGCUCGGUGUAUCAAAUCAAGUCCAGGCCGUUGGCGAGCUGGACAACAGCCUGUCCAAAGUGGAGAACCCUGUCAGAGUGGCUUUCGUUCUGAUGGUCCAUGGCCGCGCUGUACGGCAGCUCAAGCGCCUCAUCAAAGCCAUAUAUCAUCGUGACCACUACUACUACAUCCAUGUGGACAAGCGGUCCGGCUACUUGCAUCGGGAGGUCCUGCAGAUAGCCCAGCAGUACCCAAACAUACGAGCCACGCCCUGGCGGAUGGUCACCAUCUGGGGUGGUGCCAGCCUACUGAAGGCCUACCUACACAGCAUGCAGGACCUGCUCUCCAUGCUGGACUGGAAGUGGGAUUUUUUCAUCAAUCUCAGUGCUACAGAUUUUCCCACCAGGACCAAUGAUGAACUGGUGGCGUUCCUGUCACAACAAAGAGAUAAGAACUUCCUCAAGUCACACGGGAGAGAAAAUGCCCGGUUUAUUAAGAAGCAGGGCCUUGACCGUCUCUUCCAUGAGUGUGACAACCACAUGUGGCGUCUCGGCGAACGCAGCAUCCCAGAAGGGCUGGAGGUCUCUGGCGGCUCUGAUUGGUUUGCGCUCACCCACCGCUUCGUGGAGUACGUCAUCCACUCCCAGGAUGACCUGGUGUCAGGGCUAAAGCAGUUCUAUUCCUACGCUCUGCUCCCUGCUGAGUCCUUCUUCCACACUGUGCUCGGGAACAGUCACAUGUGCGACACUCUGGUGGAUAACAACCUGCGUGUCACCAACUGGAAUCGUAAGCUGGGCUGUAAAUGCCAGUACAAGCACAUUGUGGACUGGUGUGGCUGCUCUCCCAAUGAUUUCAAACCACAAGACCUCAUUCGGAUCCAGCAACUGACCCGUCCGACAUUCUUCGCCCGCAAGUUUGAGUCCACGGUGAACCAGGAGGCCAUAGACAUCCUGGACACUCACCUGUAUGGCCAGUAUGCUCCGGGCACCGUUGCUAUCAAGGCGUACUGGGAGAGCUUGUUUGAGCAGUUGGAUGGAGUGGGCUCACUCAGUGACGUGGCUCUCACUGCUUACACUUCUUUCUUUCGUCUGGGCCUCAAGAAUCUGCUGACUAUUCAGAGCAACACGGAGGCUUGCAGGUUUGAACCAGUAGGCUUCCCCCUCUCGGUACACUUGUACUUUUAUGACGACCGUUUCCAAGGUUACCUGGUGCGUCAGGAAGUCCAGGCUGUGGGUUCAAAGGUCAGAGAGACACUGGAGGUGUGGGCAGUGCCCCAAGCCACGCUGGUCCUCGAGAAAAACCUCAAGGAGUUUGAAAGGCUAAAGAAUCUGGAAAUUGGCACUGACUGGGAUCCUAAAGAAAGAAUCUUUCGUAACUUUGGUGGGGUGAUCGGCCCUCUGAAUGAACCACUGGCAGUGCAGAAGUGGGCGCGUGGUCCCAACCUCACUGCCACUAUUGUAUGGAUUGACCCAGCUCUGGUGGUGGCAGCAUCUUAUGACAUCACCGUGGAUGUGGAUGCAGAGUACACCCAGUACAAACCCCCGCUGCAGCGCCCCCUGCGGCCCGGUACCUGGACUGUACGGGUGUUAAAACAGUGGGAGCGGGUGGCGGAGGCUCACUUCCUGGUCAUGCCCUUAACCUUCAAAGAUAAGGAGCCACUACGCAAAGAAGAGGACAGCUGGCUCCAUGCAGGUCCUCCAGGCAACUUGUACCUGGAGCAGAGCUUCCAGCAGCUGAACUCCGUGCUGAAGCUGCCUCCCCAGGAGUCUGCCAUGCAGGAGGCUCAACGUAAAGCCCAGCUGGUAGGUCAGCCCCUUGAGGCGUGGGUGGACAGCAGCAUAGAGACCUUCUGGGUUACAGGUGACCUGUGCGCCACACAGACUUCCUCUUGCCCUGCUGUGAGACUGUGCUCCAAGACCUCCUGGAGCUCUCUGUCCCCAGACCCCAAGUCUGAACUGGGCCCAGUCAAAAGUGAUGGGCGGAUCAGGUAGCCCCGAAGGAGGAGAUGCUGUAGACUUAAACACAUACGCAGGAAAACCUGCACUGGAGAGCUCCAAGAGAACCUGUGUGAACCAGAUACUGUCUCAGAGGUCUGCUCAGACCUCAAGGGCACAUAAGCAACGAGACAUCUUCCUGCACUGAGGAGUUGAGAUAUUUUCAGUAACAUGAAAAUUCAGACUUAAAAGAGGACGAUACGACUGCUGGAAAUUUGCACAUAGAUGUUUGCAAGCGCAAAGACUUUUAUAUUGUUAUUUUGCUGGCACACAGGAUUUCAGUCCAGGUCUGUUUGGGUCGCAGUUUGAAAAGAACCCUCUGUGCACGUUUGAACCCGGUUUGAACGCACAGCUUUUAGUUUUUCCUCUGCUUUGAAAGAAUCAGGAAGCAGUUGUCAAAACUCAACAAACACUCCUUGCUGUGUUCUAUCUUCAUUUCAAGGGAGAGUGGAACUUCUGAAUCAUAUUAUUGUGCUUAUUUUGAAGCAUUAUUACGUAAGCAUACAGAGCAGAUAGAUGAAGUGCACUUUACUGUAAGACUAUAAUGUUACACAGAGGUCACUUGGUUACAGUGGGAGAAGUUCAAAAAGUCAUAAGGUCUCAUUACUUCAUUUUAAUGUGGACUCUAAAGUAAAUACCUGCACUGUCACUCCCCUGCACAUACACGUCACUAAAUACUUAUAACCUGAAUUAGGAAAGAGGUGAGAGUUCUUUUUAUAGAGGUAGAGUCUUAUUUUGUGUGUCAUAUCAUUGUCUAACAAAUGAUUUAAACCUUUUCUUUGGACUGUUAGUUCCCUGAACUGGCUGUAAAGUGUUAAGUUGUCUUUGAUGUCCACUGUUGCAAAAAAAAAGCACUCUUGAGUUGUUUUCGGUCAAAUUCCCAGCUGUAUGACCACUGAGUAAACCUGUGACCAUGAAGACCGUUGAUAUAGCAGAAACCUUUAGUGAAUAAGUUUCAGUUUCAAAGGUGAAAUCCUCUGAAUCUGGUGUGCUUUUUGGCUCCACAAUUAUUUGAACUAAAGCAACCUUGGCAAGGUCAAGAAACUGUGGCUAAACCUUUAAAGGAAUAGUUUUGUGAGAUGUUGAUUUGCUUUCUUGUCAAGAGUUAAAUGUUGAUACUAUUCUCACGUUUGUACGGUAAAUACAAAGCAACAGCUAACAGCUGGCUAAAGUAUCUUAGCAUAAAGACUAGAAACAGUAGGAAACUGCUAGCCUGGCUUCCAAAUGUAACAAAAUCAGACUAUUUCUUGGUCGGGACUAGCUAGUAACUUCCUAGAGUCUCCACUCAAUCAGUGAGCUUUAGAGGACAGAACAGAGGUACCUUCAUAUCAUUAUACAGACGUGAAAGUUGUAUCAACCUUCUCUUCUUUCUAACUCUCCAAAGGGCAGAUUCCCUAUCAUUUAUUUUCAAUUCAAGACUUUCAAAUAGCAGACUUGGUUAGACACACUGUUAUACCUCCUGUUUAUCAGUUAAUAUGCAGUAUUGUCGCCGUGCGUGUCCUGUGGGCCUCACAGGUUGGUCAUUGGUCCAGAUCUCAUUUCUUAAGGUGCAUUUCAACACGAAAUCCACCAAUCAGAAACGGUAAACUGACCACUGUAUGUUUGUGUUUUUACUGUAGCGUGACCGAGAGAAUCUAAGCUGCCUUUAUUUAGUCUAAAAGAUGAAUUGUUUACUACGGGAAAAUAGCUUCCAGAGAUGUGCAAUGAAUGCCUUUUCAGAAGAUAAUGAAACCCCCCUGUCUGUGUCUUAGUUAGCAUUUUUAUCUAGUUUUAUGUGAGCUUUUACGUUUUUAAAUACUCGUUGGCCACCACAGGAGUUUAAGUGACCUUGUUUACCUUGCACAGCACAGUUGCUUCAGUGAAGCCCCAGUUUGAUAGAUACAAGAGAGCAGAGCAAUCAACCUAACAGAUGUUAUUUUUCUAUACUGUUUGAGAGGAAGAGUGUGUGUUGUCCGUUCAUCAGUGCUCUGUUAAACUAUUAAAAAUUGCUGUCUAAUUAGAUUGUGUUUGACAGUCCCACCUGUUCAGUUUCCUUUGAAGCAGACCUUACAGGGUUUUUUUUGAGGGGCUGGUGGGAGAUUGUGGUCUCCGUCCGCGCAGCAGUCCGGUUGGUGAGUCAUCCUGAGCCCUGUGGCUCUUAUCUGAGUGUUUCUGCCCGUCACUGUAUGCCUCUGGAAAAGCUCAUAGGACAGGCAUCGUGACUGACUCAAUAAAGAAAACACUUAAAUCAAA